ACUACGUUUGUUUCAUAAACUAGACAUAUCUAUUUCUCAGUUGUCUUGAGUGUGUCAUCUUGAGUACUAUGAAAGCGAAAAUCAUAAGGUUCGACGUAUUUAAUGUUAAAUAAUGGCAUAUCUGUGAUAUAUAUUGAGAUUUAGAGAUUUUACCUUGAAACUGAAUUCACAUUGAAAGGUAGUGUUUGUGAAAAGUGCAAAUAAGCCAACUAGAUUAUGUCAAAUAUCCUAUGAUAGUUGACUAAUGUAACAUGGCCGCCUAAAGACCACUACAAUACAUGUCUUUUGUUGAAUAAAAUUCAAUUUUUUUAAUAAGAAAUGGAGCUGAGAGUGGGGAACAAAUAUAGGCUUGGUCGAAAAAUAGGAUCCGGAUCGUUCGGAGAUAUUUAUUUAGGAACUAAUAUAUCAACGGGAGAAGAAGUAGCAAUCAAAUUAGAAUGUAUAAAAACGAGGCAUCCUCAGCUGCACAUAGAAUCCAAGUUUUACAAAAUGAUGCAGGGAGGAGUUGGUAUUCCCGUGAUAAAAUGGUGCGGUUCCGAGGGUGAUUACAACGUAAUGGUGAUGGAAUUGCUAGGUCCGUCUUUGGAAGAUCUAUUCAAUUUUUGUUCGAGGCGUUUUUCCUUGAAAACCGUACUUUUAUUGGCGGACCAAUUGAUCUCGCGCACCGAUUUUAUCCAUUCUCGAAACUUCAUACACAGAGACAUUAAACCCGAUAAUUUUCUAAUGGGAUUGGGCAAAAAGGGCAACCUCGUUUACAUAAUCGAUUUCGGUUUGGCGAAAAAGUACAGAGACGGAAGGACCCACCAACACAUACCCUAUAAGGAGAAUAAAAAUUUAACCGGUACCGCAAGGUAUGCUAGUAUAAAUACGCAUUUAGGUAUCGAACAAUCCAGGAGGGACGAUUUGGAAUCGUUAGGUUACGUUUUAAUGUAUUUCAACAGGGGUUCGCUGCCUUGGCAAGGAUUGAAAGCCGCCAAUAAACGGCAAAAGUAUGAACGUAUAUCCGAAAAAAAAAUGUCUACUCCUAUAGAAGAACUUUGUAAGGGUUAUCCCAAAGAAUUUCCGACUUAUCUGAAUUAUUGUCGACAAUUGAGGUUCGAAGAAAGGCCCGAUUAUAGUUAUUUAAGACAACUGUUUAGGACUUUAUUUCAUAGACAAGGUUUCACGUACGAUUACGUGUUCGACUGGAACAUGCUCAAAUUCGGCGGCGGUUCUCGAGGGAAUCACUGCGAAGAAAACGGCGGAGGCGGUAGAUCUAGCGCUAGAUACGGAAGUCACGCCGCUGUCGUUCCGGCCGAUUCGUCGCCGGCGGCUCCGCAAUCGAGAACGCGGCGGCCGCACGAUUCCGCACGUAUGGAAAUGGUUUCCGCGGGUGGAAACGCGCCUGCGCAAAAUACGCUCGACGAAGUUAUACGUGAUUCGCCCAGGAUGUACGAUAAUCACGAGAGACGCGUGUCUUUGCGACUUAGAGCGGGACAGGGAGUUCCGAAUACUUCUACUUCGGACCUAAGCACUUCUAAACAAGCCAACGCCUCCGGAGUGGCAAUGGUGCCCCCAAGCGGCCAGGUGGUGCAACAGGGACAACUUCCUAGGAGGGGUAGCGCUUCCAAAGACCCUCCAGCAGCUCCUAGACUCAAAAAGUGAGAUGGACCUUAAUCAAGUUUUUUCAUUAGUGACGUUUUUAUAUAUAUACAUAAAUUUUUUUAGAUAGCUCAUUAUUUCUGUCGGUAAAAUUGACAUAGCAACGUUCGAGAAUAUUUUGGUAUACAGAUUUACAAUACACCCCUAUUUCGAAUACCUUCGAAUUGAAAAAAACCAUAAUUCGUAUUUCGGUUAUAUUUAAACGAAACCCGAUCGAAAAUCUGUAUCCCAAAAAUUUUUCGCCGACUGAGAGGGAACACGUGAUAAGAACAGUGUUUAUAUUAAAUGUGAUUUUGUUAAGUUUUCCAAAUCUUUCUGAGCUGUUUUUUUUUUCUACAUUCUUGAAGUUGACUUCCUCAAUCAACACCAAGAAUAACGAAAACUAAUGUAAAAUUCUGUAAUCGAUAUCUCGUUACUGAUACGAUUAUUAAAAUUUAUUAAUAUUGCUUCAAGAAUAUGCGAAAAAGUAACUGAAUCAAAAACAAUUUGUUGAAUGAUAAAACUAUACAGAUAACAAUCCAAAUAGACCAAAAGUACAAAAUAAAUAAUAAAACCUAACCUAACUUUUGUAAAAAAGUAAAUUUACUAUAAUAUGAUAACCUUUAACAUGUAAUAUGACUUGAAAAAGAUAAUUUGUAUGAAAAUAAUUUUAUUAUAAGUUUAAUUACAUCUAAAAUCCAUAAAGUACUCAAAAUGUCCACCAUCAACGUUGAUGCAAUGCUACAACUUACCCCCAAUACCCACAAAACUCAAAGUAGAGCAAAUGUCUUUGAAAACAUUCAAUUCUUCAACCGUCAGAUAUUCCAGAUGUCCAGUAUGUCACAAAAAUGUAAUUUGUGCAGUCAGGAUAGCCCUCAAGAAGAGGGUGGUAUACCCGAAGGUGAAGUUCCUGAUACGCUACCCUUCAUCCCAUGUUCGUCUGUCAACUUUCUGUGAGUUGACCACAUGAUUCAAAAUGGAAUAAAAAAACUCAAAUACAAGCAAUUUUUUGGCAAUUAAGGCCACUCGAUGCCUCUUCCAGUGAUUCCUUAUUCAUGUACUGAUGGGUUGAGUACCCUAAAAGAACUAAUGGUCAUGACACCUAGUUUAGGUGCAACCGACAUUGAAUUUGCAGUCAAGGUACUCUUAAAGAAAAAAGGCUGAAGGUUCAACUGUUGCAUCAGCCUUUAUUAUAACAUCUUCAGGAUACCUAGUUCCUGAUACGCUUGUUGUUGUUUCCGGAAAGUCUGAAACCGUCAAUAAAUACUUUUGGGCCACCCUAUAAAGUAUAUUAAGUUGAUGGAUGGUGUCGUCGCCCGAUUUUCUUUGAAUUUGAUAAGUGUUAUACCAACUUUUGAUUUUUUAUUUGGAAAUUCUUCUUUCUACAUAUGAAAUAGUCAAAAAUUUGAUUCAGUUACUUUCCGUUAGUUUUUUUUUUUUUGUUUUGAUUAAUUUCGCUCAUAUAGAAAGGAAACAAGCAAGGGUGUGCAAUUGGUGUUAAGAAAUUAAGUGUAUGUAAACGUUUUUAAUAAUUAGGGUGAUUUCUGAAUGGGGCAACGAUGUAUAAAAAAAAUUAAAGGUACAGAAGUCGCUGUAUAUAUAUGUUGGGUGGGUUUUUUUUUUUUUAAAUGCCUUUUCCAUUUUGCUACAUAUUAUCAAAAUAUAUAUUUAGAUUAGUAUUGAAAAUAAUCUCAUAUUUUAGUUUUUCGAAUUUCGUUAUUUCAUAAAUGUUGUUUGAAGAAACGUUUUUUUCUUUUUGUUCAUUUUUUUUGUAUAUUCUCCCACUUUAUUGGAAACUUUCUAGGCUAAUACAAUAAAAUCUACCAAUUACAGCCACAGAAAAAAUCUAUUGGCAUAUAUUUAGAAAAAUAAACUUUUUAGUAUACUAGAGACCAGGAUAGAAGCUUUUGAAAAUGAUAAAAAGUUAAAAAAAAAUAAUAGAUGAUACCCAUUCUAAAAUAAAAAAUUAAAUACCAGAGUUGUAGGUAAUAAAAAUAUCUAAAACUAUUGUAUUCACUAUUUUUUCACAUAACCUCAAAAUUUAUGUGAAAAAUUGAAUCAAACCAAGAGCUUUAUUUCUAUCUUUUAUAAAAAAACAUUUCAUUUGCAUGAAAUUUGGUUAAAACUUACAUUUUCGUGUCCCAAAUACACUAUAAUUUAUUUGUUUAGAAUAAUAGAACGACAUAAAUCGACUUUAGUUCAUAAAACGAUCUAGAAGUAUCUAUAAUGUUCUAGAACAAUCUAUAAUAUCUCAGAUUGAUAAAUUAUGUAUCUAAAACGCUUUAUAAUGAUACAAAAUAUUCCAAAACGAUCCAGAAUCGUCUGAAACGUUUAUAAAACGAUCUAGAAUACUAAGGAACAAUUUCGAGAGACGUAGAAGGAUUUUAUACGUUCUUAAACGAUCUAGAUUGAAUUUUAAAUGUUCUAGAACGAUAUAAAUCGACGUAUACAGUUCAUAAAACGAUCUAGAAGUAUCUAUAAUGUUCUAGAACAAUCUAUAAUAUCUCAGAUUGAUAAAUUAUGUAUCUAUAACGCUUUAUAAUGAUACAAAAUAUUCCAAAACGAUCCAGAAUCGUCUGAAACGUUUAUAAAACGAUCUAGAAUACUAAGGAACAAUUUCGAGAGACGUAGAAGGAUUUUAUACGUUCUUAAACGAUCUAGAUUGAAUUUUAAAUGUUCUAGAACGAUAUAAAUCGACGUAUACAGUUCAUAAAACGAUCUAGAAGUAUCUAUAAUGUUCUAGAACAAUCUAUAAUAUCUCAGAUUGAUAAAUUAUGUAUCUAUAACGCUUUAUAAUGAUACAAAAUAUUCCAAAACGAUCCAGAAUCGUCUGAAACGUUUAUAAAACGAUCUAGAAUACUAAGGAACAAUUUCGAGAGACGUAGAAGGAUUUUAUACGUUCUUAAACGAUCUAGAUUGAAUUUUAAAUGUUCUAGAACGAUAUAAAUCGACGUAUACAGUUCAUAAAACGAUCUAGAAGUAUCUAUAAUGUUCUAGAACAAUCUAUAAUAUCUCAGAUUGAUAAAUUAUGUAUCUAUAACGCUUUAUAAUGAUACAAAAUAUUCCAAAACGAUCCAGAAUCGUCUGAAACGUUUAUAAAACGAUCUAGAAUACUAAGGAACAAUUUCGAGAGACGUAGAAGGAUUUUAUACGUUCUAAAACGAUCUAGAUUGAAUUUUAAAUGUUCUAGAACGAUAUAAAUCGACGUAUACAGUUCAUAAAACGAUCUAGAAGUAUCUAUAAUGUUCUAGAACAAUCUAUAAUAUCUCAGAUUGAUAAAUUAUGUAUCUAAAACGCUUUAUAAUGAUACAAAAUAUUCCAAAACGAUCCAGAAUCGUCUGAAACGUUUAUAAAACGAUCUAGAAUACUAAGGAACAAUUUCGAGAGACGUAGAAGGAUUUUAUACGUUCUAAAACGAUCUAGAUUGAAUUUUAAAUGUUCUAGAACGAUAUAAAUCGACGUAUACAGUUCAUAAAACGAUCUAGAAGUAUCUAUAAUGUUCUAGAACAAUCUAUAAUAUCUCAGAUUGAUAAAUUAUGUAUCUAAAACGCUUUAUAAUGAUACAAAAUAUUCCAAAACGAUCCAGAAUCGUCUGAAACGUUUAUAAAACGAUCUAGAAUACUAAGGAACAAUUUCGAGAGACGUAGAAGGAUUUUAUACGUUCUUAAACGAUCUAGAUUGAAUUUUAAAUGUUCUAGAACGAUAUAAAUCGACGUAUACAGUUCAUAAAACGAUCUAGAAGUAUCUAUAAUGUUCUAGAACAAUCUAUAAUAUCUCAGAUUGAUAAAUUAUGUAUCUAAAACGCUUUAUAAUGAUACAAAAUAUUCCAAAACGAUCCAGAAUCGUCUGAAACGUUUAUAAAACGAUCUAGAAUACUAAGGAACAAUUUCGAGAGACGUAGAAGGAUUUUAUACGUUCUUAAACGAUCUAGAUUGAAUUUUAAAUGUUCUAGAACGAUAUAAAUCGACGUAUACAGUUCAUAAAACGAUCUAGAAGUAUCUAUAAUGUUCUAGAACAAUCUAUAAUAUCUCAGAUUGAUAAAUUAUGUAUCUAUAACGCUUUAUAAUGAUACAAAAUAUUCCAAAACGAUCCAGAAUCGUCUGAAACGUUUAUAAAACGAUCUAGAAUACUAAGGAACAAUUUCGAGAGACGUAGAAGGAUUUUAUACGUUCUAAAACGAUCUAGAUUGAAUUUUAAAUGUUCUAGAACGAUAUAAAUCGACGUAUACAGUUCAUAAAACGAUCUAGAAGUAUCUAUAAUGUUCUAGAACAAUCUAUAAUAUCUCAGAUUGAUAAAUUAUGUAUCUAAAACGCUUUAUAAUGAUACAAAAUAUUCCAAAACGAUCCAGAAUCGUCUGAAACGUUUAUAAAACGAUCUAGAAUACUAAGGAACAAUUUCGAGAGACGUAGAAGGAUUUUAUACGUUCUAAAACGAUCUAGAUUGAAUUUUAAAUGUUCUAGAACGAUAUAAAUCGAAGAAUACAGUUUAUAAAGCGGUCUAGAAGUAUCUGUAGUGUUCCAAAUUGGUAAAUUAGGUCUCUGAAACGCUUUAUAAUGUUACAAAAUAUUCCAAAUGAUCUAGAAUAGUCUGAAACGUUUAUACCAUGAUUUUUUUGCCUUUUCACAGAAAAUUUACCUUGAAAAUUGUAAUAUUCUUUUACACCAUCAGAAAGUUGAGAUUUCAACGAACAAAAAACUUUUUCAAAAAAGAUAAUAUUUUGACGGUAGAAUCAGGAGUAUUUUCGAUUGAAAAUUAGAGUGCUUUUUCGAAAUUAAGUCAAAAUAAAGAUUAUUAAUAUGUAUAUGACAUAAAAUGGUAAGUUUUUACCAAAUUUUAUCAAAAAAAAUUAUAAAAAACCAAAAAACUACAUUAUUUGAAUAUUUCAUAAAAAUUUUGAGGUUAUGUUAUAGAAGAGUGAAUACAAAAGUUGUAGAUCUACGACUUUCCUUUUUUGGUUUCAAAAAUGAUCGUCCCUUGUCGACACCUCCCAAAAAAUUUAUUAUUAUGUUCAUGUAGCAAAACGAAAAUACGGCGGUUCAUAAAAUAAUAAAAACAAGACUAUUUUAUUAAAUUACAACGAGGUAUUCAGAAAACUACAGAGUUUCGAAUUUUGAACAUCUCGUUUUUCAUGAAAAUUAAGUGGUCGAACUAUUUGUACAUAUCUAGACUGACUUUGUGUAUUUUGUUGUAAAAUAGAAAUAAAAAAAUAAAAUUAAAAUAAAAAUUUGUUUCGAUCGUGCAAAAAAAAAUUUUUGUAAUGCCGUGGUAGAUAGGUAGAUAGUGUUUACCAAAUUUUGUAUCGAAACAAUUAAAAUUAGGUAUCUGUUUAAAGAAGAAUCAAAACUUCUCAAAUAUUCUCCAAAUCUAAUUAAUCAAAGAAUAAAAAAAACAUUAUACUAGAUAUAAACAGUAUCUAAUAAUUAAAUUCACUUCUGAUAGCUUUUCAUAGCUAAUUAAUCUAAAAGGAAAAUUUAGUUUCCACUAAUUGUUGGUAAAAUGUUAAUAUUUUUACUCUGACUCAAUUGUACAAUGUUAGAGUCCAUAGUAGCUCUAACAUUCCUUAUAUAUACAUCAUUAUAAACCUCUUCUUUCCAAUAUUUCUACUAAUUUGAUUCCAAGUUUUCCCUCUACCGUUUCUUAUCUGAUCCUGUUCCCCAUUGAGCUUCAACUUGUUCUUCUAGCCAUGUAUCUAAUCAAUAAACUCUUAAUUCCUUCCCCUAUAUCUUCCUUUCCUUAAUUUUCAUGCUUCCGAAGGACUUCUGGAACUCAAGUCUUGCCCCUUCGAUGAUUUUAGUAUAAAUGCUUCAUUUAAUGACAUGUUUACUUAGUUUUUCAUGACUGUAUUUAAAACAAUUUGAUUUUUCGUUACAGAUUCUUCUAUUUUCACCGGAUUCAAUUUCCUGCACUAUUCGGGUACUAACCGUUAAGAUUCCAGCAACAAUGUGAAUAUAUGUUAUCUGUUUCAACCCUUAGAAUAUCCCUUUCCACCUAUUUUAGGGUAUCAAUUUUGGUAAAGUCUCUGUGGUUACUGCAUUUCUUCAAUUUAUCCAGGUCCUAGUUCCCCUUCGUUGUCUUAGGCCUACUAUUUCUUCCAAUAUAGUAUCAGUUUUGGUCUUUUUGUAUCGUUUUUGUGACAUUUUUGUCAAUAGGAACUCUUUCGAUCUUGAUAGUCAUCCUGGGGCCCCAAAGGUUUGUUUCCUUUCAUCGAUUUGUCUUCUUCGUAUUCCAACUGCUGAUCUACUUGUCUAAACGAAUUAUAUGAAAGGAAAAUUGAUGUUUUUGGAAAGAUUUUGAUGUUAACAUGGAUAAAAACUAGGAUUUGAUUUGUUGGUUUAAUUUCAUUUAUCGUAAACCAAAUUUUGUGUAUCGAAAAGUUCAAUUAUAGCAAUAUAUAUGUGAAAAAUCAUUUUAUUUGAAGGAUAUUUGAGAAAUAUUAUUUUACAUUGUUCAUUCCUCGGUAUAUUUUGCAUUUAUAACAUAUUUUUAUUUAUCACUAAUCAAAACUGUAGAUAUAUUGAUGAAUGAGUGUGUUAAUUACCCGUUAUUUAAUAUACACUCUUCAAAAAAAAAAAAUAAUUGUUGAUUUUUCGGUUAUUCGUGCAGUGUACUUCCUCCAUUUUGUACCGAAAGUCCUUUAAUUUGAUUAAUUAAAAUGUUGGAGAGAAAUAAAAAAUUAUCGUUAAUUAUAUUGUAAGGAAAACACUUGUUUUAAUUAUUAAAUCAUUAAAAAAAAUCUGUUGUAAUGUGAUUAUGUAUAAAAAAACAUUUUUUUAAGGUUGCAUUAUUAAAUACGUUUGUAAUUAAAUAAAUUAAAUAAUUACGUAAUACAUAAUAAUACAUGGAA